GAUGGAAAAAACACAUUUACACCAAUGAUAAAGAAAGAGAGUGUUUAUUCUCUUUAUUUGAACUGUCCACAUCAACAGAACGUCAUAUUUCCUAUGACCAUUGAAUGCACCUCUCAGUUCACCCCACGUGACGGCACCUAGCUCAGCGACCAAUCAGAGCCUACGCAGGCCGCACUGACCCUGUCAGCCAGGAAGUGAGGUGAAGGUGCAUGGUGCUCCCGGGUUUUUCUCAUCUCAGCUAGAGGAGUGGAGGCAUCUGCUACUGAAACUGAGAAAUCCACGGACGAAAGAGAGGAAAAACUAAGAAUUGAGAGGAAGGAAAGCCAACAUACUUACCUGCUGGAUGUCCGGAGUCGAGUAGCUGGAUGAAGGAGAGAAGCAGCGUCGGCUAACUACUCACCUUUCAUCCGGAGACCUGCUGCAGUUCCAACACCAGCGUGUGUUAGGCUUUUGUGAAACAGAGCAACGGUGAGCAACAUGUUCUUAGCUGCUCUAAAGCUAAUUGUUGUCAGUUCACUGUGAGUUUAAAGUAACAUGGAGGGUAAUUUUUAGUGCAUUUCUCUCUCACAAAUAGGCCUUUAGUGUGGAGAAAUUAAGCACACUGCUUUAAUACCUCUGAACUGAACUCACAUGUGUAUUUUAUUGCUUAUUUGCACAUAGUUCUGAAUUGUUAUGGUGUAUUGUAUUUUGAAUGUCAAUGGUUACUUACCAUAAGUAUUGUUUAAUUAAUGUUUACAUGAAUAGAGAAAUAUUUGAGCAACUUAGAUGUUUAGUUCUCAUAUUUGAUAUACUUGAAAAUUGAAUGUUGUACAACAGAACUGUGAGAUUUGAUAAGAUUUAAGAUGUUGAUGCAAUGAAUACGAGGUUGAUGCAAUAUUUUGAUUUUACAUUUUAACCUUAAACAAUGCAUCUGAAAGAAAGUCUGAUUAGAAUGUACAUUUUAUGACCUGGAUUGUAGGUCAGGUUUUUUGGAGAGGACAGAAAAGUCUGAGGACCAGGACAAAAUUCCGGUCGUGAUAGAUGGCGAGCCAACCACUUUGAGGACGAUCUACCCCAAAGAAGAUACACACCCACACACUCAUACAUUUCAAUUACACUCACAAGGACCUUUGAAGUUGGCUAUUGCCAACUUAACUCUAUAUCCUUAAAGGGCCCCAACGAGUACUUUCAUUUUCUUUAAGUGUGCACACUGUUUGUUUUGUUUUGUACUUUUUCCUGUACAGAUUGGACACUGUUUUUUUAUAUCUUGUAGCAAUACAAGAGUGGCUACUCAAACGUUGACAUUGUGUCCAGGUCAUUAUUGCUGCUCAAUACUUUGGCUCCAUACGAAUUUGGCAUCUUCUGAUACUGGCUAGGGCCUCAUUACGAGCCCAAGUAGUUAUUGUGCUGUAAUUCACCUUUAUACCUUAAAGUUGGUUACAGAAGUGGCGAGCCAGCCAGGAGCCAUUUGAUUUGAGCAUCAAUAUUGAGGCAAUGACCAGUAUGGAUUUCAUACAAAAGUCUGGUGUCAAAAUACCUAAUGCAGUUGUUGUCACUGGGAUAACACAGGUAUCUGAAAAAGAUGAACAGGUCAUUGACUUUUUGAAACAGUAUGGUAAAAUCGCAAGAGUCCUUUUUGUUGAUGAUUCACUGUCCGACUUCUACCAAAACCUGAUCGUUGAAUACUCUAGCAGUUCAGCCUUAGAAGGAUUAGAACCUCGCUUACCAUACACAUGCACAGCACAAGCUGACCCCAGCAUUGUCUAUGAAAUUAAAACACUCAGUAGCAUGUACACUACCAAGGUUGGGAGUAAUGUUACAAAGACCUACUUAGCUGAACUCAAGGAACUAGCCAAGCUGAGUGGCAAAGACUACGGUGAGGUGCUGAAGGAGAUGAUGUGUCAGAUUGGGGAGGAUGUUGAAGCCAUGCGACCUACCACUGAAGAACCUUCCCCCACGUAUGCCGAGCCUGCUGUCGUAUCUCCGCCCGCUCCUAAAGAGCAACAGUGUCACACCUCACAUUCAGAUGUCACUCCAAUUGAUAUUGUUGCCACUGAUCAUGUUCCGCUCACUAAUGGAAGGAGAGCAGCGUCCCUUUCAGUAAGUGACUUGAACCCACCUGACAUUCAGAAGGUCGUGGUAGAGCAUAUCGUACGAAGGCAAGAUGUUGUCCCACACAUCCAGUCCCAGGUGAGACUCCGUUCCUUCUCCGGUAAGGUUCCCAGACCUAACAAUGAAACUGAUUAUGACACGUGGCGCACACAGAUUGAACUGCUCCAAAAUGAUCCCAGCAUGUCCCCCCUGCAAAUAUCCAGAAAAAUCCAUGAGAGCCUGCUCCCACCAGCAGCUGAUAUAGUUAAGAGUUUACGGCCUGAGUCACCACCUGCGACUUAUUUGCAGCUUCUAGAUUCAGCCUUUGGCACUGUAGAAGAUGGCGAGGAACUUUUCGCUCAAUUCCUCAACACCCUUCAAGAUCCAGGUGAGAAAUCAUCCACUUACCUUCACCGGCUACAGCUAGCAUUAAACAGAGCCACGAAGAGGGGGGGAGUCGCAUGUGAAGAAGUGGACAAACAUCUCCUUAAACAGUUCUGCAGGGGAUGUUGGGACAACGACCUAAUCAGCACCCUGCAACUUGAACAAAAGAAGAGCAGCCCACCCCAAUUCUCAGACCUCUUGUUAAUGAUUCGCUCUGAGGAAGAUCGACAGCAAGCAAAAACUAGUCGCAUGAGAAAACACAUUGGCACCACAAAGCAGAGAACUCAGUUACAGUCCCAGGGUGCACGUGUUUGUGAACCAGAGGAGAAACAUGAGAGUAGCAUCGCUGCUAUUGAGGAUCUGAGAAAGCAGGUAGCGAGUCUGCAAAGUCAAUUAAUUACAUUCAUGUCACAGAAAAAACCAAAGUUUGCUAACAGCAAGGGAUCUGCAGGGAAGCCGCUGAGUAAGAUGUCAAAGCCACAUGAUGUAGAUGGACGUAUGCAAAGACAGACUUCAAAGAGGCAAACAGGCCGACCCAAGCCCUGGUAUUGUUUCAACUGCGGUGAAGAUGGGCACAUCGCUCCAUGCUGUGUUGACCCUGCUAACCCUAACCUAGUGGCAGAGAAAAAGAAGCAGUUGGAGGCAAAACAGCGUCAGUGGGAAGCGCAAGAUGGUUCAGACUCAGCUUUAAACGACUAACAGUUCCUGUUGUGGGACAAACAGGAGCUGAGGAGAGUCAACAACGUCCCUCAGACGUAAACAAUGGCGACAAAAUCACAGCUGAGGUUAACAAAGUAAGUAGCCCAGCAAAGAAUGUCAAAGCACAAGCAUGUUCUGGCUUAAAACAUUCCGAGCAGAAACAAUUUUUC